AUAAUGACAUGGCAUUCCUCAGAUUUUCUAUUUACGAAAGUUUCAGGCAUUUUCACCAAAAUCUAGAGGUGGGUUUUGAAGGAAACUUAGAAAAUUCUCACGAGUAUUCAAAAAGACUAUGAUUUCUUUUGUAAGAAAAGAAGCUAAGCUGGAGGUAGGCUGUGAAGGACAGUUAGAAAAAUCUGAUUGGGUAUCUUUUAAAAUUUUCAAAGGGAGAGAGAGAGAGAGAGAGAGAGAGAGAGAGAGAGAGAGAGAUUGUGCUUGAAGAGAAGAGCAUCUUCAUAUCUUUAUGUCCUUGGAAGGGCUGUCUGGGCUUUAUGUAGAGGAGUGGGAUCUGUUUUUUAUUCCAGUUCUGUUUUGUUUUGCCUUCUCUUUCUGAUCCUCUCCCACACUACAGCAAUACAAUACUGCAGCUGAUUUCUCCACCACAAGCAUCCCCACCUUGUCUUGCCUCCCUCCACAGCCUGUCAAUCUUGCAUUAAUUUUGGGUUAGAUGUGUUGUUUUUCAAGGAAAGUAGGACUGUUUUUGUCUAUGGAAGUUGUGGAUAUCUGGGUCUCAGUGGGACUUCUUCUGUUGGCCGCGGCCGAGGCACUGGUCAACUAGGCCUCCUGAGAGAAUGAGUGAUGGGUGCUGAUGAGGAGGAGAUUUCUGUAUUGUUUUGUGUCUUGCAAUGGCAGAUGGAUGAGAGGAGGGGUUAGUGGGAGGAAGAUGCUUCAUAAGCAAUUGCAACAUAGUUCUUCUCACCGUUCAAUCUCGCAGGCAUGAUAACAGAACUACAGUAUGCUCUGAACCUGUUAGCAACAGUAAAAGCAAAACGUACGGUGAUGUGUUAGGUGUACGGGUCGAGACUGCGGAUAUUUGGACUUGGUCUAGGAAGAGAAUUUUCGAGGAGAAUAUAGGAACUGGUUUCGACCAGCUUCAAGAGUCUAUGGAUAAAAUAUUGCUUGAGCAAUAUAACAACAAAGAAUCCAUGGGAAAGAUGAUGUUGAAGCAGGAGGAGGUCUUCAAAGAGCAGGUAAAGGAACUCCACCGGUUAUACAGAGUCCAAAAGAUGCUAAUGACCGAGCUUCGGAGUAAGGAGAUGAAAUUCCACUACCUCUCUAACAUGGAUCCUAGAGCGACCUGCACAGGAUCUAAUUACACAGACCCAGAUCAGCAAACCGAGUUUUGGAGUCCCAAUGGCUCACAAACUAGCCAUUCCUACUUCAGCAACAACUAUCAUCAGACUGUUCAAAUCCCUUUCGAUUACAAUUUCCACCAGCGAUAUAAUGUGAGGCUUGAUUCGAGCUCACAGGAACCGAGUAGCAGCUCAGGAGAAACUUUCAGAAUGCACAGAGGCUUCGAUCUUGAAUGGCCCGCCAGAGGAGACACUUCCACCAACGUUAGUGAAAUCCAUGAUCAAGGCCCAAUCUUCAGGCAGCGCAUGAAAGAUAAAAUGGCAAUUGGCGGCAUUUCUCAUGACCAAUGUUACAAUACUAGUGGAGAGAACGAUGUUGAGCUGACGUUAAGCAUUGGAUACGGCACAGAUAAGAAAAAAUCAAAGCAUCGACCACGUUCGAAUAUUGAAUUGGGCUGCUCUGAGUCGACCCCAAAUGAAACCAGACAGCCAAUUCUGUCCACAUCGGCAAGAUCAGAACGAGAGGAGGAAUGCGGUGAUCGAGAAAGCUUACAGCGACAACAUUGGCUCUUUCGAACACUAAGCUUGAACAGGACAUGAACUGUAAUCCAUAUGUAAGCUUUCAGAUAUUUUGAAGUUUUGAUUUUGCGGGAUCAAGGCACCAUUUGAUUAAUGUUCAUCAUAACAUAGCUCUGCUAACAAGCAAGAAAAUCAUGUUCUCUAUUGAUUUGAA